GCAUUCUCUGAAGCUCAGAGAGAAACUCAGGAGCAGAGCGUGUGAUAGAGGAAGGAGCUGAAAUCUCUGCGGUGCAGAGAGGGAAAGCUGCUUUCUUCGCUAAAAAAAAAAACUUCAUCCGCACCUCAUUUUUUUCUUGUUAAAGGGACUUACAAUACAGGACUGCAGCAGGGAGACGCUCAGCUGUAGCUAAUGUUUGUCUUAACAUUUUUUGUAGCGUUUGCUGUUUUGCAAGAAGGAAAAGACAACUGAACUUCGUACUUUUGCAGAGGGGCUCAAAUAAGAUUACUUGCUUACAGCCUCUAGUUUGCACAGUAUAGCCUAGCGAUUAUUGUAACAGCUGACAAAAACAUAAUCUUGAUGACUGCUGUGCAUUAGUGAAACAAAUUGGACUUUUCUCGUUUCGUUUACUACAAAGAAGAGAGUCGCAUGUUAUAGAAGUCGAGUUUUGCAGCAGUGGUUGGAGUAGUUAGUAUACUGCCCCUUGCAUGAAAACAAAAGACACGGAAAAAAAGUGAGUUUUGCAGCGUUGGCAAGAAUAGCAGCCUAGUUACUCAGAUAAAGAAACUAUGGCUGGAGAGUUGAGCAUGGGAACAGAGCUCCCCGCCAUCCCGCUGGAACUGGAAUACGUCAAUGACUUUGAUCUGAUGAAGUUCGAUGUGAAGAAAGAGGCUCUGGCCGGGUUGGAUCGCGCCUCCAUCCGGCACUGCAACCGGCUCCAGCCGCCUGGUUCGGUGUCUUCUACUCCGAUCAGCACGCCGUGCAGUUCGGUGCCUUCCUCGCCCAGUUUCAGCCCGACAGAGCAGAAGAGCCACUUGGAAGAGCUCUACUGGCUGCCUAGCGGCGGCUACCACCAGCAAAUGAACCCAGAGGCGCUGAAUCUGACCCCGGAGGACGCGGUGGAAGCCCUGAUAGGUGCCACAGCACACGGCCACCCUCCGCCUCCACAUGUUCAGCAGCAGCUCCAGCAAGGCGGCUUCGACGGCUACAGAGCAGCCCACCACCACCACAGCCACGUUCACGGCCAGCAGCACCAUCACCAGUACCCUGGUGUCCCCCACCAUCACGAUGAGCUCGCAGGACACCAUCAUCCGCACGGCCAGCACCAUCACCACCACAGCCAAGAUCUCGACUGCCCAUCCCCUACCUCGCCGGAGUCCCAUCAGGAGCUUCACCACCGCCACCACCACCACCAGCAACAGGGUCACCACGGAGGUGGGCUCAACGUGGAGGACCGCUUCUCGGACGACCAGCUGGUGUCCAUGUCAGUGCGGGAGCUCAACCGGCACCUGCGUGGCUUCACCAAGGACGAGGUGAUCCGCCUGAAGCAGAAGCGCCGGACCCUCAAGAACCGAGGCUACGCGCAGUCAUGCCGCUACAAGCGGGUGCAGCAGAAGCACGUCUUGGAGAGCGAGAAGACCCAGCUGGUUAAUCAGGUGGAGCAGCUCAAGCAAGAAAUCAACCGACUGGCCCGCGAAAGAGACGCGUAUAAACUCAAGUGCGAGAAACUGACAGGCAGUAACGGGUUCCGAGAUGCUGGGUCCACCAGCGAUAACCCGUCAUCUCCAGAGUUCUUCAUGUGAAUCACCGAGUGAGUCCAAAUAAAAUAAUAAUAAUAAUAAUAAUAAUAAUAAUAAUAAUAAUAAUAAUAAUAAUAACAAUAAUACAUAAUAAUAAUAAUAAUAAUAAGUACAUAAACAAUUAACACAUAAAUACUAUUACUACAAGAAGAGACUAUCAAGAAACAAUAAUCUCAUAUCUAAUCAUCUUCAUCUGAAAACCCAAUUACAAGAUAGCUAGGAGUGGUAGACAGAGGAGGCAAUUUCUUAAAACUUGUGCAACAUCUCGACUUGUAGAUUAGUUGCUUUUACUUAAAUGUAGAGUCAGAUACACUUUUUUUCAGAGACGAUUUUAAAAUGCCUGCUCUGAACUUUCUUUCCAUACUAAUUUGCUUACAACUCCCAGACAUAACGUGAAGUGGGACUUAUUUUCUUGCAAGCGUCUUCUGCUACAGGGGAUGCUAGAACAGACAUAUACAAGCGACUGAACACCUGUCUGGACUAAAAGAGAAAACGCUGGAUGCAACAUCUGCAGACAGUACUUGCCUGGAAAAAAGAAAAAAGGAAAACAAAGGAAAGUCGCUCUACGUAAUAAUGCCAACUUUCUUUCCCCGUAUGUGCCCCGCUUGAGAAUUUAGGACUACUGGAUGAGGGUUACAUUUUAUGCAACAUUUUCUUGGUUUCCUGCCUGCUUGGUUAUAUAUAUAUAUAUAUAUAUAUAUAUAUAUAUAUAUAUAUAUAUAUAUAUAUAUAUAAACAAAAAUCUGCAUUAAAUAUUAAUCCUGCAUGCUGGACAUGUAUGGUAAUAGUUUCUAUUUUGUACCUUUUGUUCUUGUUUAUCUUAAACGCAUGUUGUCGAUCUAAGCUUUUUAUUUGUUGUUUUGUUUUCGGGUUAUAUUAAAAAAAAAUGAAAUGAUCACAAAAUAUAAACGUUACUGCUUGAGCAGUUUUCAUUGGGGGGGGGGGGGGGUGAGGGGAGGGGUGAUUUUUAGCUUGUAAAUAUAUGCAAUAUUAAACUGCACAGGAACUUGGUUAGAGGCUGGUUUUAAAUUUAUUUGAUUUAGUUUUGGGUUUUUUCAAAGUUAUGGGCAUUUUUUGUGUUGCAGUUGCAUUAAAAGACAUCCAACUUUGUAAAUGAAGUGCACUUUUAAUGUUUUGGUUUAUUAUAGUUUCGGUGUCUGCAGUUUUCAUUUUGGUUUUGUUGUGCUGGCCUCCUUAAAGGAAGACAAACAAGGACUACAGCGAUACGGUAACGCGACAAAAGUAACUCUCACAUGACAGCAAUCAGAAUUACCAAGCUAUACUACAAAUGUAGUAUUGUGGCACUGCUGUUCAAUAAUGUCAUUGCUGGGGGCUUAAGUUAAUGUGUUAACAUACACACAUAAACAGCUAGAAGUAUUCCAGUUACCCGAAAUUGAGAUUAUAGUUUGAGGGAUACUGAUGAAGACAAUAAUUCUAUUUUAUAGAGAUAAUCGCAACUUUAUACAAUCAGAUAUUUUUUGUAGAUUUUUAGUAAAUCGAUUAUUUUCAGUAACUGUGCCAGGAAAUGUAUUGGUAUUUUCAAAUUGCACCAAUGUAGUGUCAAUUGAGCCAUCCUUUAUAAAAUAUAUACUGUAAGAAAUGCGAACACUGAUUUAUUUAUAAUACCUGGAGUGAUGUUUUGCACCUGUAAAUGAAAGUGUCUAAAAUACAACAAGAACAACGUGAGAGAGCUGAAUUUCAAUAGAUAUUUGUGAAUAUUUGUAGCAUUCUUCAGACGAGUUAAACAGUUAGAUUUUUAAUCUGGUAUAUUUUACGUUUUCCUUUAUUUUUUUUCUGCCGGUCAGUAAAAAAAAGGAUUCAGGUUCUGCACUUACAAAAAAAUCCCAAAAUGAAAACUGUGUGUGUGUGUGUGUGUGUGUGUGUGUGUGUGUGUGCGCGUGCGUGCGUGCGUGUGUGUGUUUCUGUUUUAAUUUGAAGUUUGUCCUUUUUUGUUUUCAUUGUUUCUGGUUCUGCUGGCCAGAUGCAUAGUUUAAGUUUUUUUUUAAAUUUUUUAAUUUUUAUUAUUAUUAUGUUUUAAAUUAACAGAUAUAGAGUCAGGAUCAUAUGAAAAAGCAUGGUGCUUGCAUUUAAAAUAAUAUUGUUAAAAAGAAUCAUGCAUUAAAAAAUACAACCUUUGAUUUGUUACUGAUUCAACUGUGUUGAAAUCAAACUUAAAACUGCAGCAGCGGAUUUUUUUUUAUUUUGUAUUAUUAUUUCAUGUAUUUUGCAAUGGGGAUCAAUUUUCAAUCCUGUUUAUAUAAAUGAAAAAGGACUGUAGUAGUUCCAUUCAGGCUGGUUUCUGUUUUGUCUUAUUUUUUGUUGUUUUUGGAAGAAAUGGUUUCCUAUUUUGCUUAUUAAAGUCAUUGAAAUGGCAUUUAUUUUGA